AUUCUAAACAAACCAAAACUACUAGCAAAUAGCAAUGCUCGUAGUUGCCUAACCAAUAUACUGUACCAAGGAAAUUGUGAUAAAAGGAUUAAAGUUUUUAAUUACUAAUGUUACAAUUGAAAAUAUUUGGAUAUUAUCCAUCUUGUCACAAAAACAGUUUGUGCCCAAAGUUAUAAAAGACUAAGGCGCCACGGCCACAGGGGACCGGUUGAUUCUUUUCUUAAAUUUUCAAUGUGUUCUGGAAAUGGUUUGCAAAGAGGACGUGGUAUCAUGGUUUAAAGAAUUGGAAAGCUAUAAACGUAUAGACGCAAUGUGUACAUUACUAAAUAUGUGCUUGCCAUUCGAAUUACGUUUUAUCGGGACGUACUUAGAAGAGCUCGGUAAACGAGACUUUCAGGAGUUGCGUGGAGCGGAACUUAGAGCUAAUAAUCCAACAGAUCUUGCCGCCGAUAUUGGAGGUGCCGAUACAGACUCCAGAACACGACGAAAAAUGGCACUUUACGUCUCUCUUUUAAGGUCAUGUAAUUUUGCAUGUGCUACAACAUUGUACAAUGCCAUGGUUAACUUAGAACAAAGUGGACUUCUCAAAGGUCUAUAUGGCGAUCUGCUUGAAGAAAUAUUGCUGUUAUAUACUAUGGCACUUCACCAUCCAGCAUUUACAUUUGACCAAAAGUCACAUUUUGGUGAAAUAUUAGAAAAGUUGAAAUUAGAAGACCAACGGCUACAAUUUCAAGAGCAGCAAGAACAUCUCAAUGUAGUUCCAGUAAGUGGUGGCCAUACUCAAUCCAAUGUCACUCUAAACAUGUCAAUUCCACCUCCAAAUAUACCAAAUUUGGGGCCUCCUCCUGGUUUGAUGUUUGUGAAGACCCCUGGAGUUCAGCCCAACAGCUCAGAAGCAGUGCCAGAAAUUAGUUCACCACCAGUGCGGAAUGCAAGUGGACUUCCUAUGUUACCGGACGUGCCUCAUCCACCGCCUGGUUUGCCAAUGCCACAGUAUAACAUAGGCGAAUUCAUAGGACCGCACACUUGGCCAGCUAAUAUUAUAGUAUCUCCACUUAAUCCGCCCAUGGAGGUAAUAAAUUACCACGCAACUGGUGGACCUCCACCUUCACCACUAGUAUCUUCUCCUGGGGACAGUCGGGCUGCAUCGCCUCGAUCUCGUCGCCGCUUAUCACGUGACCGUUCACCGCCGCUGCCUGAUCCCCCUUUACAACAUCUAGCUGCUAACUUUGACAGUCUUUCUGUUGGAGAGUUGCGACAUACAAUCGGCGAGGAACGUCUCCGUGAAAUCAGUGCGGUACACCAUCAGUACCGGUCGCUGGAGAAACUAAACGGGGUGAGACGACGGGCAGCCUACUGUCCCCCUGCGACCUCGUCGGACUCGUCAAGUACGGGAUCUACUCCCCCCGGGACCCCUGCGCCCCCGCAGCGCCGUCACACGCCCUCUGCACCGCCCCCUGGAACUGCCCCGCCCGUGUCCUUCAUGCCUUACCCGCGCCCCUAUCCGUACCCCACGCCACCUCCCGCGUACCGUCCGCCACCUGCGCCUUUCGCGAAUGGUGAACCGCCGCCUUAUCCCGCCACUGCCCCCUACGCAGGAUUCGUGCCCGUCCUAUAUGCGCCCCCCAAGCUCUCGUGCUGGAACUGCGGCGCUGGCGGACACGCCGGACAUGAAUGCAAAGAACCCAGUAUGGAAGAAAUGACUCGCGCGGGGGGCUAUCAGUUAGAUUUCGGCGGUGCCCCCCCUGAAGCGACGGAUAAAUAGAACCAACUGAAGAUCGCUUGGUCCUUCGAGCCGGAUGCCCGAGUGUGUGAGCUCGCCACGCCAGACAGUUAAGUGUGCGAAGGGUUCAUAACGAUAUAACGGUAAAUGUAAGUGAUUGCACUUUUUAGGAUUGCACUGAUUUAAGCAAUUGGUGUUAGAUAAGAAUACUAUUGCAAGAGUGCAAAUAGUAUAUCCAGCAUAGAAAAUAAUCUGUAUUGAAAGUGCAGUUACGAAGAGAUUAUAACGUGGGAAUUCCAUCUAUUGCGACAAUUUUAAUUCACAGCCAAAAUAUAUAUAAAUUACAAGUGCCAUUUAUGUUUAGUUCAAAAUCAGUAAAUGUUAUGUAUAACAAAAGCACAAAAAAACAAAAAUCACCUAAAAUACAAAAGAGCUUUAUGUGAAUUAUGGAUUUUUGUGGUAAAUGACCUGAUUUGAAAUAAAAUAUGGAAUUCCCAAUUAACUCAUAUCAAUACCAUAAGAAAUAGGGAUGAGCACACAAGUUCAAAUCGAGCUAUUCAACAUUUGAUUGUGAUGUAAAUGAUUAGUUUCCUUCACUCCAAGACUGAUUUAGAUACGGAUUUAAUAAAAUGUCUACAUCAAAAUUUAGAUUUCAAUAGUUGACUGAACAUACGUGCGUAUGUCUGAGCGCAAUUUAUGUUGAACAAUGAGGUAAUUAGAUCAAGCUCACGGUAAUGCAAUGCUCUAAAUAAAUUAUAUAAAUAGUCAUUGUAAAUAGUUAUAAAUAAGGGACUUGUACGUGGGGUACUUUGUAAAUAGGUUUGAAUUAUGUAAAUUACAGCGUCCCCUGAUUUUAUUGAUCACUGUCACAACGUAUUUGAAUUCCCAUCAAACAGUUCAAAUUAGUUUUUUUUUUAUUGGAAUCGAUUGCAGUUCGGAUGCAGAAAUUAGCCGAAAUGAGAUUUGUCUCUGAACUCUAAUGCUUUGAUAUGUUGUAGGGCAAAAGGAAAUGUUUUUGCGAAAUUCCCAUAAAAUGCAAUGUUGACUUAUCAUAACUAAUAUGACGUGUUAAUUGACGAAAGGGGUGACUGGUUUUUGGGGGUUUUAUGUAUUUACUAAUAACUUAUGUAAUAAAAUAAUUCUAGUUUUAACUAAUUAACAUCAAACAUGAAAUGAAAAUCAAAAACUUGUGAAUGUUUUUUUUUUAUAGAACAGGGGGCAAACGGGCAGGAGGCUUACCCAUGGACACUCUUGUUGAUGUUACAGAACUUUAUCCUUACAAUUAAAUUAAAUGUUUCUCGCAAUAUUGAAAGAUUUCGCAAUAAUACCAAUUGUCCUACGGCUUAUACAUUUGUAUUGAGUUCCAGCACAAAAAUCCGCGCAUUAUUUAAAAUGAUUAAUUUUUCUUUAGGUAUCUAGAUCGGUCCCAGUAUAAGUCCGCAAUAUAUAUUCAUGUAUAUGCACAAUUAAAUUGUAAAUAACAUUAUUUUGUAAAUUUAAUGUUUUGAAUCCGAUAAUUUUAAGGUUAAUCUCGUGGGACUAUACAAAAUUCAAUCCUUAUAAAGGUUGUCCAGUUUUGUGUUAAAUAUUUAAAAUUAUUAAAAGUUUAGACAUAGCAAUGUUAAGUAUCUUAAAUUUAUCUAAAUAAAAAUUAAAUGGUGGUUGAAUGUAUCAGCUGAUGCCUGUUCCGUAAACUACAGUUAUUGUAACAUGACCAUAGUUAAAAAAAUAAUUAAAGUGAAAUUUAAAUAUAGUGCCACAUUCAAGGCUCAGUUCCUAGUUCAAAUAGGCGUGUGACAUAAUUUUAUAACCCGCUUUUGUCUAAAACUGUUGAAACUCAAGAAUCAUUGUAUUUUGUGGCUACACUUACAAUAUUUUUCGUAUAUUUCUAUUUUAAAGGACGUUUACAGAUAAAAUCCUAUUUUAUUUUAUUGUUGGUUUAUUGUAAAUUUAACUUAUUUUCCUUUCCAGUGAAAUCUAUGUUUGACGUACUUAGUAUUAUAAUAUAAUAUAGGAUUGAAAGAAUUAGUGUAACAUAGACAUUUAAAUUUUUCUUGUCUUAGACGUUUUUAAUGUUGUUUAAGAUUGUAUACGGAAUAAACAAAUCUGAAUGCAAAUAUUUAGUACGUUAUUGUCGAAGCGAGUAAAGUGAGCGAUUGUCGGGCGAAUUUGGAGUGCCGUUGCGAGGCCCGCAAUCGCUUUUUCGCCGAGGCUUAUCAAGUGAAAAAAAAAAACUUAACAUAGAUAACAAUUUUAUGUUGCUUUACCUGCGAACUCUUGUUCUAGAUCGGGAUGACUUCAACAAAGGAUUCUACUUUGUAGGUGAUUAUAAAGCUGGCCAGCGAUAUAUAUUCAAUCAGUAAUCUGAGAGAGUCCUUUUUUACAAUAGUUUUAUAAACGCGUGUCGCGGUUUGACACUAGAGAGCGCUGUAUUCAAUUUUUCAAGUUCAGCGUGUAAAAAAACAGAACUCAAAAGUAAAGUAUUUUGAGGACUACUACAGACAUCAAAUUUUAAAACUUUUUAAAUUUUCAAACAAUUUUUAAAUAUUUUAAAACAGGCAUUCAGCUGAAAUAUAAAACGCAAUUUAUUCGACCCUUGUCGAGCUUUAUGUUUUGUUUUUUUUUUAAUAAUAUUAACUAACGCGUGGUAUUUCAUAUCUAAGUUACAUAUUUUGAUUAAUUUGUUACAUACAAUUGUUACAAAGCAGCUUAAUUUUAUACUAGACGAAGUAUGAAAAUAUUUUUGUACAUAACAUAAAUGUGAUAAUUUUUGACAUAAUUAGAAAUUGUGAUUUAGUAGGGUGUGUAACUAGUUAUAAUAGUUUGUAAAUGACUCGCUUUACUAAAAACUGCCCUAAAGCGAUAUUUAUACCGUUGGUUUUCCCAUUAUUUGGGUACUUAUGCUGUUGUACUUUCUACUAAAAUAUCAGCAUUUCAGGAAAAUGAGUGUUUCGGCCAAGUAUUUUACCUAUGUAUCCCACCAAUGCUGUGUCGUUAGCUUCCUGAAAAAUAAACAUCCAAAAUCUC